CCCCCCACACGAGGGCUCCCCCAUCUCCCCCCGACAUCAGUCCGUCCCGCUUCCAGCUGCUGCAGCCGCGCCUUCACCACCUCGGCAUCCAGCCGCCCCCUGCUCCGGCCCGGCAUGGCGACCCCGACCCAGGCCCCCACAAAGGUUCCUCAGGAACCUGACCGAUUUUACUAUGACUAUGACACGGUGCAGACUGUGGGCAUGACUCUGGCCACCAUAUUGUUCCUGCUGGGUAUCCUCAUCAUUAUCAGCAAGAAGGUGAAGUGCAGGAAGGCGGACUCCAGGUCUGAGAGCCCAACAUGCAAAUCCUGUAAGUCGGAGCUUCCUUCCUCAGCCCCUGGAGGUGGCGGUGUGUAAAACCAGCCCUGGGCACCUCCACUGCUGUCCCUGCCUGAGUGCGGAAGCCUGAGGACCGGGUGGAGGCGGUGGGGACCCCAGCCUCGCGCCGGGGAGCGCUCCCCCGAAUGAGCCGCCCCACCCACCCGAGGCUGGAGCCGCUGCACCCCGCUGCCCCUCCCCAGGCCUUGGCAAUGACGACCCCCCAAAGAGCCCGUCUGCAUCCCAGAUCCAGGGACUCAGGCCUCCAGCUCCUGGGGUCCGGGAGUCCAGUCCCAGCCCCCCAGAAUCCCCAUGUACCGCUCCCCUGCACUUCCUUGUCUCCCCUCCCAAGAUCCGUUUCCCUGCACCCUUGGUGUCUAUGUCUUGAGCUUAAUAAAUGUGCAUUUGGUUUUUUCCCCC